AUGGAAGGCCAUUCCGAUCUCAAGCUUGAGGCCUAUCCCGCCGCGACUCGAUCAUCCACCGAGGAAAUCGAUGGCAUCCAAACCUCCGCCACAUGCAUCGAAUUCGCUGACAAGCUCCUCAUCACGAUCUCACAGGACGGCCGGCUCGCGCACUGGGUCCACGUCCUCCUAAAUUCCUCCCUCCCCGACCCCUCCACCGCCCCGCUCCAAGUCAACUCCGACGCGGGGGAGAGCCUCCUUCCGCCCAUCUCGCACCUAACGGCAACGACGAUCCUCGGCGGCGCGGACGCAACGAGGGAUACGGUGGCGCAGCUGCUGGCGCGGCAGAUCGCGGCGAUGGUGCAGUUGAAGCGGAAUGAGGAGCAGCGGCUGGUCGUGGUGGGGUUGGGGUUGCGGAAAGGGGAGAUGGAUCGGGGGGAGUGGCUGGGUUUGUUGGGGGUGGCGAGCGCGGUUUUGUGA